AUGCUUGAAUUCCAAACAAAAGCAUUGGGUUCAUUCCAACACUUAAGCAAAGAAACAGAGCUAUCAACAUCGUUCAAUUCAACAUAUAAAGAUAUGAACUUUGAAACUAUUGAAAGAGCCAGCGACGUCGUGCAACUUUACAAGACAGUCUUUGGAGCUGAGGAGCUGAGCCGCGUCAUGCACAUCAAAAGGAAGGCUGAUCACGAGAUUUCGGGUAAUUUCCUCACCGGAGACUGUGGCGGCUUGCUUGGAUGCAAAGAGUUAGGUGCACCUCCGACGACUUUUGCCAAAUACGAGCUGAACAGUUGGGCCAAUAAGGACUAUUACGAUAUCUUUCCUGAACUCAAGAUCAAAUCUGCUAUUGUUGUUGUAUUGGACCCCAUUGAUGACGACUCUGCUAAACUUGAUUAA